GCCGAAGCACAAACAUAAAAAAAGAGUAAGAGGGAAAAAGAGAAGAAACGUCAGCAAAUAGAAUAAGCGGCAGCUAUGCCACGUGGUUACGGGGUAACUUCAGGGCUAAGGCCAGAAGAAAUUUUGUGGCAGGGAAGAGGAUGGUCCAAACGUAAUUUUAAGCAGCUGAAAACUAUCACUUCAAUUUCUAUGGCCACUCCUUUGAUCCUAAGAACCUCUCUUCUUUGGACACUACACUCCCACCACAGCCACCCCCUCUCUUUCUCUAAACCCUUCUCCUCUGUUUCCUUCUCUGCUAUAUCCAAAUCCAAGUCUCAUUCCCUCAAUUCCACCAAGAUGGAAGGUAGUGAAGUGGUUGAGGAAAUUACUGAGAUUACAGAAACCAAAGUAAACGAGAAGAAUAAAAUAUUUGUGGCUGGAGCAACUGGAAGUACUGGUAAAAGGAUUGUCGAGCAGCUACUAGCAAAGGGUUUUGAGGUCAAGGCUGGGGUCAGAGAUUUAGAGAAGGCCAAAACUACCUUUGCUAAAGAUAACCCGUCUCUUCAAAUUGUGAAAGCAGAUGUAACGGAGGGGUCUGCCAAAUUGGCAGAAGCAAUAGGGGAUGAUUCUGAGGCUGUAAUAUGCGCUACUGGAUUCCGGCCUGGGUGGGACUUGUUUGCUCCGUGGAAGGUUGAUAAUUUUGGCACGGUUAGCCUUGUCGAUGCUUGUCGCAAACUUGGUGUGAACAGAUUCAUUCUCAUCAGCUCCAUUUUAGUCAAUGGAGCAGCUAUGGGUCAGAUGCUUAAUCCAGCUUACAUCUUUCUCAAUGUUUUUGGACUGACCUUAAUAGCAAAGCUUCAGGCAGAGCAAUAUAUCAGGAAAUCUGGUAUAAACUACACCAUAAUUAGACCUGGUGGGUUGAGAAAUGACCCCCCAACAGGGAAUGUUGUAAUGGAGCCAGAGGAUACUCUAUAUGAAGGAACUAUAUCCAGAGAUCUGGUUGCGGAGGUUGCUGUUGAGGCGUUAAUCCAUCCAGAAUCAUCUUACAAAGUUGUGGAAAUUGUUUCUCGUGCUGAUGCUCCUAAACGUACAUACCAGGAUCUUUUUGGUUCCAUUAAGCAACGUUGACCCUGUUCGUAGGCAGAGGCAGUAUUUUUCAUUUUACUGCGCAACGCUGGACACGUCAUUGAUGACUCUCUGUUGGCGGCUAUUUGUUUCCGGAUGUCAAUGACUCACUUCUGAGCAGAUGAGCCUAAUUGUUUUGGCUCUUCAUACGGUGUCUUAGUUAUCUUUGUUCUAUUAAAGAUCAGAGAGUGACCUAAACCUACUAUUGAAAGUAUACAGUUGAUGGUGAUUGAUGUUUGAUAUCUGAAAUAAACGAGUGUAAAUGAUAAGUGCUGCUCUAUUUUGUUAUAGAUUCUGUUGAGUUAGGUUCUCCGUGUCUUAAGGACCAAUGCAUACACAAACCAAGUUCCCCAGAUGUAACAAUUUAUCUCAGCAUUAUUAUUAUUAUUUUUUCCCCUUCAA